ACGGCCGCUCCACGUCCUGCUCGCAGAAACAAUGGAAGAAGAGUCGCGGGCAUCAUCAUCACUACUCGCACGACCACCACCAGCAGCAGCAGCAUCAGCAGCAGCAGCAACAGCACCGGGGCUGGAACGCCAUCGCACAUCUCCGAAUCGUCUCGCGGAGCACAGCGAGGAGGAGGAGGAGGGAGGAUGACGACCAAGACGGUGGCGGUGGUGCUGCUGCUACUGAUGGCGAUGAUGAUAUUGCCUGAUGAGUAGCAAGCGACCUGCAGCUCUCUCCGUCUCUCUACAAGAACAAACGAAUUUAACUCAAGAGCAGAAGAUUCUACGCCGCAAUUGACAUUUGCCUCGACAGUACACGAUAGAUUUAAAAAAUAUAUAUUUUUAAAUCAAGAUUUGCGUGUUUAGUUUGUUGUCCUUACCCCCCCCUGCACCUCCGAUUAGCACGGUUGGCAACGUACGGUGCGAACGAAGUUCAACGUACACCCCCCCCCACACACUGCACGCAGAGUCGAGGGGGGGGCAUGGUGGAUAUGGGCAGGAGGUGGUGUUUCGCGGUGGUGGGCACCGUCAUCAUGAUGGCAUCGUUCUUGCUGAUGCUCGAACAACAGAGCGCGCUUACCGUAUCGGAGACGAGACCCUUCGUGAUCACCACCUUGUCGGCAUCAUCAUCAUCCUCGGCAGCAGCAGCAGCAGCGGCGGCAGGAAAAUCAAACGUGGAUCUGAGAUCGAGAGAACUUUUGCGCCGAUGGCAAGGCAGGUCCAGAAGUGGCAGCAGCAGCAGUAGCAAUCAAAACAGCAUCAGUAGUCAAAACAACAGCAGCAUCAGCAGCAGUAUCAGCAAGGUCCCGAAUAGUCUCACGAAAUUCUUCAGCACCGUGAGCGGUGGUGGAGGUGCGAGGCAUCUCAAGGCAGGACUUGGCCAACGCGAAGCUGCAAUGAUGCAGCAGCAGCAGCAGGGACACCACCAACAACAAUAUCAUCAGCAGCAGCAGCAGCACGGAUCGCUUGCAGGAGCUGCAUCGGACGACCUCCGGGACUACUCGUCCCUCGGGCAGCGAGAUGGAGGAGGCGAAGGUGGAUGGACGAUGGGAGACGGCGGCGGUGGCGGUGGCGGUGGUGGUGGACACCACGAGGACACGCGGCCUCGGCGUGACCUCAAGUCCUCGGAUCUCUUCGUGGCGGUGAAGACGACGGGGAAGUUCCACGCCAGCCGGAUGAGGCUGCUGCUGCGCACCUGGGUGUCUCGCGCGAGGGAACAGACAUACAUAUUUACGGACACGGAUGACGAGGAGAUCCGCAAGGUCGCCGGCUCCCACAUGGUGAACACGAACUGCUCGGCGGCGCACAAUCGGCAAGCGCUGUCGUGCAAGAUGUCGGUGGAGUAUGAGACUUUCGUGAAGUCCGGCAAGAAGUGGUUCUGCCACGUGGACGAUGACAACUACGUGAACGUGGAGGCGCUCAGGGCGGCACUCUCCUCCUUCUCGCACACACACGACUUCUACGUGGGGCGGCCAUCGCUGGAUCGGCCCAUCGAGGCAACCGAGCGCCUCUCCCCCCACGUCUCGCACACGGUCACGUUCUGGUUUGCCACGGGAGGUGCCGGGUUCUGCUUGAGCCGCGGCCUCGCGCUGAAGAUGACUCCAUGGGCCAGUGCCGGCGUGUUCAUGAGCACGGCGGAGCGGAUCCGUCUGCCGGACGACUGCACGGUGGGCUACAUCGCCGAGGCCAUGCUGGGGGUGCCGCUCACCUUCAGCCCCCUCUUCCACUCGCACCUCGAGAACCUGCAACAGAUCCCUCACGCUCAGCUCCCUCACCAGGCGACGCUGAGCUACGGGACGUUUGAGAACAAGCGCAACGUCAUCAACAUCAACAACGGAGCAUUCGGCAGCGAGCAAGACCCAACGAGGUUUCUGUCCCUCCACUGCCUGCUCCACCCCGACACGGACUGGUGCCCCCCGAGCUCAUGACGUCCGCCGCCUUGACCCAUGACCCACGACCCGUGACCCCCCUCAACGCUCAAACCUCUUGACCCCAUCCUACCCCCCCUCCCUCCCUCCAUUGGUGGAUGAGAGUGAGCGGGGUAAGGUGACUGUUUUCUGGGUGGAGGACCAAAAUCCGGGCUCUGUCGGGAGCACCCCGCAUCGCGACUCCCGAUGAGCGGCAACGAAGACGAAGCCUUUUGCGAAGCGAAACCCGAAUCAAAUUCUUGCACUCGAAAGGCGACGACGGCACGGUGGGGACGCUUCUGCCUGUCCUCUGCGCCUGCGCGCGUGGCCGCUUGCGGCGUUACAUCUCGAACGUCUGUACAGAAAUAAUGACGACGACGACGACGACAUUCGAGCCCUUUUGAAGGCAGCCGUUGCAGUAUUUGUUCCUGAAUGUUCGCUUGUUUUGCGUUUAAUUUUACAUUGAUUGAUUGUUAUUACGUUUUGCUCGAAAGUGCUCGCCGUGUUCACGGUGACGUUGAAGGGACCAACGAAGGGGACGUUCUCCGCGCAAGCCUCGCGCCGGAGCUCUUUUGCGUGAAAUAUUAACGACGACGACGAUAGCGGUGGCGAUGGCGGUCACAGCACAAUGUCGCACAUCCGACCGUCGCACGUCCGCCAUGACCCAGUCAACCGCCCGCGCCGCCCACCGCAGCGUUGCCGUGCCGCUUUCCGCUCUGUGACCUUCACAGGUUGGGAUUGCUACGUACGAUGCGAAAAGAAGUCCAGUGUAGACACACACACACACGCAGGCUCAAGCACCUUGGCGCUCUUCUAUCCAGUCACAACGGUUGCAACUGUCGGUUUCAAUAGAAUCGGUUUAACACGCGGUACGCUUUUGCGACCAAUAUUAUUCGAGUGAAAUUGUAAACGUUGUGGGUUUACUGUCCAACACACCGGUGUGCUGUACUAGCAAUGAAUUGGCACGUUUUGCUUACGUGACAAAUCUUACUAAUUGCCUGUGUGGGCGUGGCGGCGGCAGGUUGAACGGCACGUUUAUAUUUACGCGAUCUAACCCAAAAAAAGAAAAACCUCAGUCUCAACGGAUGUUCACACAUUGGACCUUUCCGACGUCGAGUCUCCGGCCAGACGGAUACGCGGCAGCUGCCGCACCGUUAACCCGCUGUCGUGUUUCUGACUCGGUGGGGGGGGGGGGGGCGGUGAAAUAUCGACAGCCCGCGUGCGGUGCGUUACUCCGGUCGACUGCAGGCAUCUUAGCCGCAACUAGUCGGGUACUAGAGGGCAGUAUUUCCUACCCGGUAACAAGCUGGGGUUGUUAAAAUGUAUUUUUGUUGUUUGCUUAACCUGGCAACCGUGUGACAGAACACAAACGGGUACCAGUUUGCCACGAGUAUAAUAAUUAGAAUCUUAAUGUUUAGCGUGUGACGUCAUCGUUGACGCAAACUGCAUCUCUCGCAAUCGCCGAGGAACCACAGACGCGAGCUGGAAGGCCGCAGCAGCAGCAGCCAACGGAUUGCCCAAGUUCUGCGCUCCUCUACAUAUAUAUCAAGGUGUUUUCAACCAAUGAAUGAGAAUUCAUUACAUGCGGGAGGAAACCGGAGCGACCCGAGAAUUGCCACACUGGCGCGCAAGGGGGCGGCCAUUCCAUCCCAUUCAGACGAGGCGGAUGGAUAUUAAUCCGAACAUUUUCUGUGCAUUCGCCUCCUGGCGAUCCAGAGUAGGUCACCUCCUCCACGAUGCCCGCAGGUGGAAGGGAGUUUCGCAGCAUCCGCGUGUGAGCCACCAACCCUCGCUUGCUGCCUCCCCACACGCAACUGCUUGUGGGCAGGCAGCCACAGUGCAAAGCUGCCACUACCACCGUCCCCGUGUCAUAUAUAAAUGGCUCAAAAGUGAGGACAUGUAGGGUUAUUUCUUUUAUUUCAAAACUGAAAAUGUUUCAUUCAUAUUUUAUCUAAAAUCUUUAUUUAUAUCUAUGUGUAUUGUUCCUUUUCAGAUGACAUGAAACAUUUUAGAUAAUUGAUAAAAUUUUAGUUCAAUUCGUUUCUACGUCUGCUGAAGUAGGCAGCUGCGAUCUUAAACAAAAAGCAAGUCCUCGAUUAAUUUCUAAAAAAAUCAUUCGUGCAUGAAUGUUAAGAGUGGAAUUCAGUUUGAGCGCGUGUUAAACUAAACCAAAUAAAUUUCGAUUUAAAGCUUUCGUGACUGCAGGGAUUCAUCUUCUUGGUUGUUUCGGUAAAGUCACGUAGAAGGGAAGUAAUAAAAUAAUAAAAAUAAAACAUAAUAAAAUAAUUCUCACGACGCUGUCGCCUCGACAGACCUGGUUUCACCUGAGGACGGCUGCUUGCGUUGUGGCCGAAACGUCGUGAGAAUUAUUUUAUUAUGUUUUAUUUUUAUUAUUUUAUUACUUCCCUUCUACGUGACUUUACCGAAAGAACCAAGAAGAUAAACUAAAUAACUCCGUGCGGUUUGGUAACAUCGAUGUAACACCGCUGCGUGUCCUGACUUUUUGGCCACCCUGCAGAGAACAAGUGACCGUGCGACUCUUUGAGCGUCUCCACUGAAACACGAAGGAGCUGCCACCGCUGAGCAGCGACGAGCGGUCAGCGGCACGGCGGACUUGUCAGCCAAAGGUCACCGCUCCGGUUCAGUUUCCCCGCGCGGCAGUUGAAACGAGGGGGGGCAGGGCAAAGUUGAUCAAGUCCGUUCCGAAUGUUGCACCGGAAUCGCUCACCAGUUACGGCACGUGGCCUGGCAGCGGUAGUGGCGGUAGUGGUGGUGGCGGUAGUGGUA